CACGAUUUGCAAAUGUUGAUAAUUAUAGGAAGAUAUUAUUAUAUUUUGUCAUGCCCGAAGCAAAUACAAAUCAUCGAAAAUUCAUCUCUCCGUGUUAUUUGAGUGUUUGUACAUUGUUUUGAAUGAUGUUAUGAUCCAAAUCAUACAAGAUUCAUAUUAUGUGAACCACGCACCAUAUCACAGCAACAUGAAUUUUUCGGAUUUGGAUGAAUCUUGUCCAGUUUGUACCGCGGCAAAAACUCCCAUUGAAUACUUGAUUUUGAAUAGCUUUCUUACAAUCGUUUGUAUUUUCACAAUUUUAUCCAACUUCACCUUUAUGAUCACCGUCUUUUUCAAUGCCAAGCUGUACGCUAUCCCAACAAACAAGCUCUUGGUGUCGAAUGCAAUUGUUGGUACAUCUUCUUGUCGGUGCUUUCGUGAUGCCUUUUCACAUAGUGCGAUGGAUCAACUUCACCUGCUGGUCAUCUGGUCAAAAUUCCUGCAAAGCUCUGCAGUCUUUGGAUAUACACAUGACGAGUAUGAGCGUUUUCCAUCUUACAGGUGUCGCCGCUGAACGUUAUGUGAGAAUCGCCCAUCCAUUUUUCUAUGAACGAUGGGUGCGUAAAAUUCUGCCUUGGGUGAUAGCCGUAUUCUGGAUCAUUCCUGCUCCCGGCACAUUCUUUGCCAUAUUUUUCAAUCUGCAUCAACCAGAAAGUCAUUUUGUCCGCGCCGUGGGAAACACUACAGAGAAACACUAUAAUCGCUGCGGAAAAGGUGACAUGACCACUGGUAACCGCCGAUGCAGAUGCUCCUUUUGGGCGUCGGAUGAAUUCACAGCCGUCACCUUUUUUUAUCAGUAUCUUGUGCCAAUGUUCUUUAUACUGUUCUUCUACGCUCGGAUUUUCGCCAUCGGAUUGCGGCAGGCAAAUCGCAUCGAAAAAAUGAAAGCCUCCUUGGCAUCCAACUCCAAUCUGCACGAACUGGCCGCCAGCAGUGAAAACCGUAGGAGUGUGGUGUCGCAGUCAGGUGACACAGCUGCAACUAGUGGACAAUCACAGUCACCGCCCACGCGGCGUUUAUCGCGCGUACUGUUUUUUAGUAAAGAUAUUCAAGUAGUGCGAUUGUGCGCGGUGAUACUCUUGGUAUUCCUGAUAUGCCAGACGCCAUAUUUCGUCAUGAUGCUACUGGAGGCGUUCUGUUAUGGAAUCUUUCUACAAUCAGACGACCAGAUUUUGCAUCCAGAUAAUCCAGAAUACAAGCGAAAUGAUGAUCGUUUGACCUUUGCUUUUUUCUGCGUGCUCUGGUUGUGCUUACUGAACUCCCUUAUUAAUCCUAUUCUGCUGUUUCUGCUGGAGAAGAGUUACAGAAUGGGCUUCAAGUUACUCGUCUUCCGGAGACUGCCAAAGGUUGCCGCGUUUCUGCGUAUGACCAACCCGGUGAGAGCCAAUUACAUGCGAAAUAUGUCGCGGGAUCGCAAUUCUGAGUCGCAUGCCGAUGGACGACAAAGGUUAAGCGUCAGUUUCUCGGAGUCGGCCAGCCAGAUGACCCUUAUGUGAUCUGUGGAGCCAGGAGGACACGCAGCUGUUGCAACAUUAAUUCAGUAAUCAGUUUACGUUUCCUUGAAACUGAAUGAGCAACGUAUCCUAGCGGCAAGCAAAAUGUUUUACAUUUGGCUUCCGUUAUAUUAUCGGCACACCGUGCAAACGGGCUAGAAUGCUAACUGUAUGAGUUAAAUUUCGAUAAUUACAUUGGCUAGAAAUUUUCUGCGUUGCCGUAUUACUGGCCGAUCCGAUUAUUCUUCAUUUCUUUGGAAACUGGAGGCCUCCGCCAACGCCGCAUGCACAUGGCCGGCAGUUUCACAAAACCCAGUGUACAUAAUUAAUAUAUCUUUUGGGAAAAAAUCCCAUUUGCAUGUGCCGUAGAAAUUUAUUUUCAUAUGAGAAAUUAAAA